CUGUAAAUCCCAGGUCCUUCCUUGUCUGUUCCAGUCAGUAUAUCUGAGACACCAACAAUUUGCAAUCCUCCCAGGGCCCUUUCACAGAAUGGUGAGCAGCAAGAUCCGUCAAUCGUUAACUUCAUGCAGUUACUGCCUAACCAGGAGGGCUGUCGUUACCGGGGAGACACCUUGGCAGACAGACAGCCUAAAAUAAGUGAAGCCAUUUUCAGAGGGGACCUGCCUAGAAGCUGAAGCUGCUGCAUUGUCCUGCUUGGAUCACCAGUACACAAGACUUUUAGUGACCUCUGGAAGAUUGGCAUACCCUCUUCACUGCUAUAGCUGGUCCUUAAGAGCUGUAGAAGUAAACAUGGGUGGUAUCACGAGGAAAAGCUGGCCAUCUCCAUUACAUUGUUGUCAACAUGAAGACCUGUGUGCCACUGCUUCAUUUUAUGUUUAAAAGAAGUAAACACGUGUCCUAAAGCUUCUUCAUCUGCCUAGCCCUUUGCAAGGUGAGGGAUAUGGAAUGAGAAUUGCAAAGACUUUACUGCGAGUGCAAGAUAUCAGACAAGUGGGCACAGUAUUAGCACAAUCAGAGUGUCUGCUUUUCCCAGACAGAAAAAAACAAGCAGCAUUUAAGUACAAAUUCUCCGUCCCUGCUUUAAAGAUGACAGAAGAUGAGCAGUAUGGUCCUGCAAUGCUGUUCGUGCUUUUCAUUUCAACCUUGAUGGCAAACAAGAUAUAUACUUUGGGACAAAAAUCCAGUAUUGAAAUCUGACAUCAGGGGCACCCUGGUAAAAGAUGGGCUCCUCUACAACCAAACCAAAACUGACCCAGGUGGCACCAUGCCAAACUUCAGAAGAAAGUCUACCGAGAAAUGGAAUGACCUGGGCAGUUCUAAGCAACACCCAAGAGCAGGAAAGAAGGAGAGCUGGACUGCUACCUCCCCUGCAGCAGGAGGUCCCACUGACAUUUUCCUAUGGCAGGGACAAAUCCGAGAGCCUGGCUACAGCAACAGGCAUCACUGGCCAAGCUAUCCCUCAGAGAAGCAUCAUUCAAGCACACCCACCCCGGAGAAUGAAGAGAUUGGAGCCCCUUGCAUUGCCACAACGAGAACGCGUAUCCCAGCUGCAGCCCAGCGCAUCUCCAGAUCUCCAGGACUGCAAAGACGGCAGUGGUGAUGUGAUUCAGCGCACUUUCACUGGUAAGCGGAGACCCAACUCUGAGAUGGCAAGAAACCAGAGUGGAGUUUUAGCAGCACAAUCACAGAUGACCCGAAAGAUGUGCAAACAACGUUUCAGCGAGAAGAAACGAAUCAAGGAGAUCAUGGACAAGAGAUACCGAGGAAAAGAUCAGCAGAUGGCAGUCGAAAAUGGUGAAUUGGAGGCAGCUGCCCGUCUUAUAAAGCGACCAAAAGAGAAGGACAUCUUUUGGGAUUCCUACUGCGGAGAACAGGUUGACCUGGAGGAACUUAUGUGUGCAAGUCCAGAAUUGCCUCACCAUGAUCAGACCAGGACCAGUCAACAGCUCUCUCCAGCCUCAGGAGAAAUGAAACUGGACACCAGUAGGUCAGCGAUCAAAUCUGCAAAAAGAGACGAGAUGGUUAAGAAUUGGAUGGAUUGGAAGACAGAGAAAAAUGAUAUGACCCUAAGUGACAACUUUUUAGAGAGUUACUGGGGAGAAACAAGUGAAAAUGGCUUGUCCAAGGAGGUACGGAGACACAGACUGGAACCCGAGACCCACAGAAAACCAAAUGUCAGUAUGGAAUUCAUAUCUGAGUCUCUCCACUCAGCAGAAAAAGAGCAAAAAUUGUCCCAUUCUAAACUGUUCAUAUCCAGCAGCUUGCUGGAACCUGACUGGAAUGUAACGGUCAUGAAAAUGGAUGAUUCCAGGCUGGACAUUUGUGGGCCUAAGCAGCCACCUAGGCGGCAUCGGCCUGAACUAACCAAGAAGAGAGCAGGAAUGCUUCCCAACUUAGACAAGUUUUCAACUGAUGACAUCUGA